CACGCGUAGUCUCGCGAGGUUUCGGCGCGCACUGGUUUGUGGCUCGCGCAGACAGUACUAGCUGUGGAGGAGACAGAGCAGAAGCGGCGGCUGAGUGAGCUCGGUCUGGAAAAGAGUGGGUAGCUGAAGAGUCAAAUAAUAGCCACAUAAGUGUUGGUUUACGUUUCCCCUCAUCUCACAACAUGCAUAUUGAUUAUAUAGUCCUUUUAACACACACUUUAUAAUGUCAAAAGAAGAAAAUGUUGACCUAUUCCAGCUGGAUUUCAAGCUGCCACCUUCUAGAUUGAAUCAUCAUAACUUAACCUAUCUAUUAAACCCAUGGUAAAACCGAUCUAAGGAAGCAUUGGAUAUUUGUGCUUUAUAUUUGAUUUUCUUUUUAAGUCUGUUUUCUUUCAUUAGUGUUUCUUGUAGAGAAGAAAAAUGAAAUUUCCAUUUUAUUGGUUGAUUUUUACAUAAAUUAAUUUUCAAAGAUUGCAAAUACAAAAACUUUUGGGUAUGGCUACUGAUCCAACGUGACUUGGUUGGGAGCACUCUUAGACUCAUGAGUGGGUAUACCAUGUUGCGAAAUGGGGGAUUGGGGAAUGGAGGUCAACCAUGGAUGUUACGUUGGUCAAGCAGAAUCAGACUUUCUUGGCUUAGUUUCACACUGUUCAUCAUCUUAGUAUUCUUCCCCCUGAUUGCUCACUAUUACCUUACCACCAUAGAUGAUGCAGAUGAUGCAGGUAAGAAAAUAUUUGGCCCUCGAACAGUCAAUGAACUUUGUGAAGUGAAGCACGUUCAUGAUUUGUGUCGGAUCAGAGAAUCUGUAAGUGAAGAGCUGCUACAGCUAGAAGCAAAACGCCAGGAGCUUAACAGUGAAAUUGCAAAAUUAAACCUAAAGAUAGAAGCCUGUAAAAAAAGCAUAGAGAAUGCUAAACAGGACCUUCUUCAGCUUAAAAAUGUCAUCAGUCAAACAGAACAUUCAUAUAAAGAAUUGAUGGCACAAAAUCAGCCAAAACUUUCAUUGCCAAUUCGGCUGUUGCCAGAGAAAGAUGAUGCUAACAUACCAUUGCCAAAGUCCAAAAGGAACUGCAGGCUACAUAAUUGUUUUGACUACUCACGUUGCCCACUUACAUCUGGGUUUCCUGUAUUUGUCUAUAACAGUGAUAAAUACCCUUUUGGUAACUACAUAGAUCCUUUAAUUAAACAAGCCUUAGAGGCAAGUGUCAGAACUAAUGUUUAUGUAACUGAAAAUGCAAAUAUUGCAUGUAUAUAUGUAGUUUUAAUUGGAGAAUUGCAGGAGCCAGUAAUGCCAAAACCUACUGAACUGGAGCAGCAUUUGCACUCUUUGCCAUAUUGGAGGACUGAUGGGCACAACCAUCUUAUUAUUAACUUGUCUAGAAAAUCUGAAACGCAGAACUUUCUUUAUAAUGUCAGCACAGGACGUGCCAUGAUUGCUCAGUCCACAUUUUACGAUUUACAGUAUCGACCUGGUUUUGAUAUUGUUACGUCACCAUUGGUUCAUGCAAUGUCUGAACCUAACUUCCUGGAAAUACCACCCCAGGUGCCAGUUAAGCGAAAAUACUUAUUCAGCUUUCAAGGGGAGAAAAUCGAAUCUCUUCGUUCUAGUUUGCAGGAGGCACGUUCAUUUGAGGAAGAAAUUGAGGGAAAUGCCCCUGCUGACUAUGAUGACCGCAUCAUUACCACUCUUAAAGCUGUCCAGGACAGUAAACUGGAUCUUGUCAUGGUUGAGUUUACCUGCAAGAACCAGCCUAAGGCAAGUCUGCCCACCGAGUGGGCUCUUUGUGGGGAAAGGGAAGACAGAUUAGAGCUACUGAAGCAAUCUACUUUUGCACUAAUUAUUACGCCAGGAGAUUCUCACCUUGUUAUGUCUGCUGGCAGUGCCAUGAGGCUUUUUGAGGCUCUUGAAGUUGGAGCCAUUCCUGUUGUUCUGGGUGAGCAAAUUCAGUUACCCUAUCAUGACAUGAUUCGAUGGAACGAGGCAGUGUUAAUAAUACCAAAACCACGUAUCACAGAAGUACAUUUCUUAUUAAGAAGCAUUUCUGACAAUGAUCUUCUUUCUAUAAGGAGACAAGGACGUUUCUUGUGGGAGACAUACUUUUCUACAUCUGAUACUGUUUUUAAUACAAUCAUGGCAACAGUAAGGACUCGGAUCCAAAUUCCAGCUGCUCCUAUUAAAGAAGAACCAGCAGUGGAGAUUCCUCAUCGAUCUGGUAAAGCUGCAGGCACUGAUCCCAAUAUGGCAGACAAUGGAGAUCUGGAUUUGGGUCCAGUUGAAACAGAGCCGCCUUAUGCAUCUCCUAAAUACUUACGUAAUUUCACACUAACUGCAACAGAUAUCUACCGUAACUGGAAUACAGCUCCGGGUCCUUUUCACCUUUUUCCUCACACACCUUUUGACCCUAUCUUGCCAUCUGAAGCUAAAUUUUUAGGUUCUGGAACUGGAUUUCGACCAAUUGGUGGUGGGGCUGGUGGUUCUGGAAAAGAGUUUCAAGCUGCCCUUGGUGGAAAUGUACCUAGAGAGCAGUUUACAGUGGUUAUGCUAACCUAUGAGCGUGAAGAAGUAUUAAUGAACUCUUUGGAAAGAUUAAAUGGACUCCCUUACUUAAACAAAGUAGUGGUUGUCUGGAAUUCUCCAAAGUUACCAUCUGAAGACCUUCUGUGGCCUGACAUUGGCGUACCCAUAGUGGUUGUACGCACAGAAAAAAACAGCUUAAAUAAUCGUUUCCUUCCAUGGGAUGAAAUCGAAACCGAAGCUGUGCUUUCAAUUGAUGAUGAUGCUCAUCUUCGUCAUGAUGAAAUCAUGUUUGGGUUUCGUGUCUGGCGGGAGGCGAGAGACAGGAUUGUAGGAUUUCCUGGACGGUACCAUGCCUGGGACAUUCCUCAUCAGUCUUGGCUCUACAACUCUAAUUAUUCUUGUGAACUAUCCAUGGUACUGACGGGUGCUGCUUUUUUUCACAAGUACUACGCAUACCUGUAUUCCUACGUAAUGCCACAAGCGAUCAGAGACAUGGUGGAUGAAUACAUCAACUGUGAAGACAUUGCCAUGAACUUCCUUGUUUCCCAUAUCACUAGAAAGCCUCCCAUUAAGGUUACUUCACGUUGGACCUUCCGAUGUCCAGGCUGCCCACAGGCCCUGUCGCACGAUGAUUCACAUUUCCACGAGCGGCACAAAUGCAUUAACUUUUUUGUUAAAGUGUACGGAUACAUGCCACUUCUAUACACCCAAUUCCGAGUGGAUUCUGUUCUUUUCAAGACUAGACUUCCACAUGACAAGACAAAAUGUUUCAAAUUUAUCUAGCUCUGGGCAGCAAAUUAGGACAUUUUCAAAAUGCAUUUGAACUCUUGCUGCCUAGACGUUGCCUAAAGUGUUCUCUUCAGUCUUAAAAGGAUUACUUAAUAUAAAUAGCUUUUUCAGCACAGUGGACUCUUAAAAAUAACACUAGAAAACCCUUCUGAUAUUGUACACUGAAAACAAAGGGGAGACUUUGGUCAGGUAUCCCUUUUUGUAUAUUGGCCAAAGGAAACUAGUAUGUUUUUACUGUUAUUUUUCUUUUUAUAUCCAUGCAAAUAUUUUAGAUUUGUGUGGUGAGUCUUUUACUUGUUUUCUAUAUUUUCUCCUAUUCGAUAAAUGUAGAAAUUUGAUUUGGUGAGUUGUAGAAACGUGCAUGUGGUGUAAGGACUGAAGAUUGUUCUGCGCCCAAGAAACGUAGAAUUUGUUAGUAUCUACAACAUUGAUCAAGACACUAGGUACUUUUUUCAUUUUUACUGACCAUAUGUAAUGGCUGAGAAGAUGACAGCACACUCAGUUUCUUUUUUUUUAAUUUUCCUACAGAAGAUGGAAUCAAGCAUUCACUUUAUUUUAGUUUUAACUUUUCCGUGAAAAUGUUUUGGUGACUUUCUCCACAGCAAAUAUAACGCACAAAACUGCCAACUAAACUACAGAGCUUAACUUUCCAGAAUUGUUGGGCGUCACAUACUAUCUCCACUUCCUCUGUAUUAUCCCAAAACAGCGGCAUAAUUCGAUCUACACAUAAUAAAGCACAGAAUUGCCACUUUUAAAAAUGUCAUGUUUGUACAUUAAUAAAUUGCUGUACAGGUCAAGAUUAUAUAAGAUGUUAAUUUAGAUGUGUGGACUGGCAUUCUGAGCAACUGAAUUUUCAGCUGGAAUACCAUGCGCUAGGAUGAAUCCUUAUUGGAUUAUGUGCAGUACCCUCGGAGUACCAGUAAAAAAUUAACAAAAUCCAAUGGAUUUAGUAAAGUAACCUGUUGAAAUAAGAUGUGUGUUGUACCAAAAUGUGUUGGGAUAAGAUCAGAUCACAUCUGUUUAGAGGUUUAGUAAUGUAGUUAAACCUGUGGUACAUAAAGUGUUGAAAUAAAGGGGUUAAAAUAAACACCAUUGAAAAGAA